UUCGAGCCCAACGAAAGCCCAACCUAAAUCAACAUCAGAGCCCAACCUCGUCUAUUUUCUCACCCGCUUACAGUCUCUCUUACACUCCCACGAGCACUGCAUAUUAGACACACUUAACCCUCCCGCUGCCCAAAAGUUCUCAAGAUCUUCCCCCCUCCGCCAGGAUCAACUCGGUUGCACUGCUACCCUGCUUUGUGCUACUUGCUGUUGCCCAACCUAAGCAACAAACAAUAUACGACACGACGCUCCAAGGACCAGCGUUCAAUUGAUUUUUUUUUGCCACUGGACUUUUGAUCUGCAUCUGUCACCAGACAGACGCUUCAGCAUUGAUUUUGUGCUGCUCAUCAAGAGAAACACCCACCUGCGCCUUGGAUUGCUUCCUGCUUCCUUGCCGUUGGAAUGGCCCUUGUCUUGCCCUGUCCGGACACAAUGCCAGGUUUCAGUCACCAUGAGAUGGACGAUGUCCACACACCCGCCAGGUAUUUUCUACUCCGUCUUUCUUUGCGUACAACCUUGGGAGGCCCAAAUUUGCUUUUUCUGCCACAUACUUUGUACUAGCCCAUUACUGGGAUAGCUGUUCUGUAUUUUCAUUUGUCAGUUUCUUUUUUGAGUGCAGUCGACAUCACAACUAGGACCACUUGCCACAGGAUAUCAUUUCUCGCACCGGACCAAUGCGUACCUGCUGUACCCUUAGGAUCAGGAUUCUUUUGCCGUGCCCACGGUCAGACAAAUCUCCCAGGAUUCAAGGACCCAUGGAGACACUGCAACCCAAGGAUGGACCUACACAGCCCAAAUGUGCCCUGGGAUUACAGCACCGGGCUCGUUUGCCCAAGAGGUUUUGCUCCAGGCAAACCCAUUCAGGAUGUCUGUUCAUGGACAAGGCUGCAAAGCUCGUUAUUACACCUGACAGACUAGCCGUAAGUAUCGCCCUCUGAAGUUCACACCGUCGAACUACUCACCCAGCCGUGACUCCAUGGAUCCUUAUGGCACCUGUGACAACUGUCUGCAUGCCGGGAAACUGGAAGAGUUUAUGACAAAUAUGGAUCAUGAAUUUCAUCUAGGCGGGACCCUAGGACCAGUUUUACAUACAGGAUUAUCUUGUCUUUCUGCCUGGCCUGGCAUUCUUUUACCCGGAUUUCUCAAUGGACCUUAUCAACAUUUACCUGUUCCACUUGCACAUGAGUUCGGCCUUUGAUGACUGACAGGCUUGCAUAUUCACACUGUCUACAAGACUGACCUUGUGUUGCAUGUCCGAAGUCUUGAAAGCUGUUCACUGUUGUGGCGAUCUUAUUUCGAUUGCCUCUGUGCUGCAUCCUGUUUCACUUUGACCCGAGGAGCCUGGAGGCUUCAACCUGGAUGCUACAUUUUACGGGAUUUUCUUGUGGGCGCUGCCUCUUGUUACGGAAACCUAAGGAUAUCUGCACACCAUUGUCGCUGACUGGAAUGUGUUUGAUGUCGCUAUAUUUGAGGUCAAACUCCUCAUACAUGGACCGGACUACUUAUCACCAUGCCUGGAUUCUCAUAAGGACUUCGCUCUUGCUAUCUCUUGCUUUCAUGCCAGAUGCCAAAGGACCAUUUUUGCCAAGGAAACACGUUGCUCAAAACUGGAUAUCUUACCCAUUGCCCCUUGGUCAACUAAUCAGUUCGGUUGCUAUGAACUUGUCUUUAUUUUACCCGACAUUGACGGCUCGGUGGACUGAGGCUGUCAACAUAACGGACCACUCUGGAUUCUGUCGAUACUGUUUUCGUGGCAUUACGAGAUGACAUACCCUGGAUCAACCUUGGCUACUGCAACCUGCGCCAUUUGUUUUCACGGCCAGUAACGAGUAGCUAGCUACCUUUUUCGGACCACCUCAUGGAUGCCUGGACUUUUUUCUGUUUCGUGUUAAACUUGUUUUUGACACUGGAUAAAGCAAUCAGCCUGGGACAAAGUUGUACCAGUCUGGUGAGAUGUCGGAAGUACCGGAUCUCUGUGGCUGCCUUCAACAUGAAUUUUGGGACCAACAUAAGAUGGAGGCGUGCAGCAUACUAACAGUUGGUUUUCUAGCGAGUUCAGUUAUUCACAGACUUUGAUUUCUUCUCCUGUCACUGGAAUGUUCUCUUCAUUCUCCCAAACAGGACCAGGUGACCUCAACGGGUCGGUCUGGGAGUCAACAGUCGAAGGCACGCAGCACUUCCCUGACUUCCAGGAAGGUGGAGCAACAGAUGCGUUCUCCCCUUUCAGCCUGGGACAGGUCACUACAAGCCAAGGAGAGGAGCCAAUCGAGGAUUUCCAGAACAAGUGGGCCAUUCCCUCCGUUCAGGAUGCGACGCCUGUCGCCCCUACUUCAGCGCCCAUGCGCCGGAUCACUUCUGGGAGUUCCACUGGAAGCCACAGACGCAGCCGUCCAUCAAGCAGGUCGCAGAGGAGACUGCGGGUCACGCUUGCCCAAGCGCCUCAGAUGUCAUAUGACCAACUUGCAGGCAAUGCUUCGAUGGCGGCUGUCGGCCAGUACAUGGAGAUGGAGAGCGCACUUCCCGUAACCCAUACCUUCUAUCCCGGACUUGCUUCCACUGGGUUCUCUCCCGAUGCCCUGGCCUAUGGACCCUCUAUGGCCCAUGCCCUGCAGCCCCACGUGAACCCUACCUGCACCCAGAUGGAUCUUGAGCCCGGCUUGACUUGCCAGUCCCCUAGCCACUCAUGGGACUCUGCUUCCAGCACUGGUUUGGCGAGGACGCCAUCCCCAGGAGCUGUCGACGAGGCUUGGAUUGCACCGCAGCUGGUCUCGUCGCCCACGGAUACCACAGGAUGCUCACCUAUCUUCCACGGUCAAUCACCCAGGAUGAGCCGCAAAUACGGAGCACAUUUGCCCCUUGAGGGACCCAUGAGCGGACUUCAUCCCAAUGGAUUCCCUGAUGAGUUUUCUCUGCCACCAGCCUUCGCCGCAACCCGCAUCAGCGGUGCCGAAGUUGAGUCGCCCCGUGACCACGAAUGGUACAAGGCUGGCCCGCGCGCCGAUGGCCUGUACCACUGCCCCAUGGAGGGCCAGGAAAACUGCAACCACAAGCCCGAGAAGCUCAAGUGCAACUACGACAAAUUUGUGGACUCGCACCUGAGGCCCUACAGGUGCAAGCAGGAGGCUUGCGAGAGCCUCCAGUUUUCGUCCACGGCGUGCCUCCUCAGGCACGAACGUGAGGCCCACGGCAUGCACGGUCACGGUGCUAAGCCCUACCUGUGCACGUACGAGGGCUGCGACCGCGCCCAGCCCGGCAACGGGUUCCCUCGUCACUGGAACCUGAAGGACCACAUGAAGCGUGUUCACAACGACGUGGCCCCGGCGCAGUCCUCAUAUGCCGCCGGAACGUCGCCCCCAUCGUCGUCGACCUCGAGCCAGGCCCAGGCCGCCAAGAACCGCAAGCGCAAGAAGGAUGAUGUUGCCGCCAUCUCAUCAGGCGUUAGGAAGUCGAGCUCCAAGGGCCCUACCUCGGCCCCAACUGCCUCCAAGGUCGAGAAGCGCCUGGCAGAAGCGGCCGAGAGGUGGUACGCUCACCAGCAGAGGCUCUCCGAUGUGCUCUCGGGUUUCACCCAGCCCGACGACCCACUCAUGCUCCAACGCAUCCGUGACGCCCAGGAGCAGCUGGAGGCCAUGACCAAGAUCUCUACUGGUCUCGUCCAGAAGAAGCCCAUGAAAGCUUAAAAUACUCGUCCUAGCUGUAUUUCUGGGCCUUUGUCUCUUCUUCCUUCCGACACUUGUCGCAUUCCUGUAAUUUGUUCUUUUUUUCGGCUCUUUUAUCUUUUCCUUAUUUUUCCCUUGGCUACAUUGAUUGGAGUUUUGGGGGAAAGUGAGGGCAUACUGGAGCAUCUGGAUAUUCGGAUCACGGCGGUUUUUGGCGGGUCUGCUUAACUCUGGGAUGAGUAGAGGGUUUUACUUGGAAGGUCGGCCUUCCAUUUUUUCGGCGAAAUUCGGGCACUGUUUUUGGGUUUGUUUUGUGGUUUUUUUGGAUCUCAUACCCCUACUGACGACGAUCAGUUUCAUGUUUUUUUUCUUUGUUUUCAUUUUGGUCCUUUGUUUGAAACAUCCAUUCAAAGGAAUAUUUUGAGCUUUUGUCCACCUUUACAUACCCUUACAUAACUUGGCUCUCUGUUUUAAGCCAUGUAAAUGUUGAUACUUUGGCCUCAAGUGGCUGAAGUUGUUUGUUGAUACAAAAGCAUACAGACUGUCGCGUUUUUGACUCCAUUGAUGGCGAGGCUUGGUUUCCGA